CCGUCGCGCCCCGGCUCAAGAUGCAGAGGUGCGCUAGUUUCCUCUUUCUGUCUUUCAUCCUCUGCGCCGCCCUGUCAGAAACAUUUGGACUGGUUUUAUCUGCAAAAGAAAAAAGGGGCUGGACUUUGAACAGUGCUGGUUACCUACUUGGGCCACGUCGUAUUGAUCAGCUUUUACUGAUAAAGGAAAUGCCCAUGGCAAGGGGGAGAGAAGAUGCACCAGGGGCAUAUGCAGUAGAUAACCACAGAUCUUUUAAUGACAAACAUGGUUUCACUGGUAAACGUGAAAUACAGCCUGAUGAGGAUAUAAAAGCAGGAAAUCUUGGAAGACCACUGGCUGACGAAAACAUUGUGCGCACAGUAAUUGAAUUUUUGACUUACCUGCAUCUUAAAGAGGUGGGAGCACUUGACAAUCUACCUUCACCAGAGGAAACAAACCAGUCUUGAAGAAGAAUACAUUUUUAUUUUGUUGUAGUGUAAAUUCAGAUUGAAUUCUAAACAAAAGAUCCAAAAGA